AUGUCCUCUUCACGUCUUCCACGACCUAGAACGACUUCAGCAACGCCAAAGGCGAAAGCCACUCCUGCCUCUGCCUCCACGUCUACUCCGAGCCGCCCCGAGCGUAAACUUGCGGCCCCACCGACACUAAGAACCAAAGUAUCCGCAUCCAAGUUAAAGUCAUCAGCAAAGUCACCCGUUACCCCUCCUGCAAAAGAAAUCCCGCCUCCUCCGUCUCAGAGAACUCUGUCGAUCAAAGAGCAGAUCGCUCUGAGACGUGCAGAACAGCAAAAGAAAGCAACAUCUACCAGAUCCGCUGCAAGUGAUAAUUGGGAAGAAGGUUCCGUCGCCGAGUCAAGCGUCAAUGGCCCAGAUGAGGAUAUUUUAGGCAGAUGGUCAAUUCGUGAUACCAUUGACAGGGCCAAAUCUAGCGGCUCUAUCGUUCUCGCUUCGCGAGAGCUUACGCAAAUACCCACAUAUCUUUUCGAAACCCACCUCUCUAUGACCCCCGAGCCCUUGAAAAAUGCUCCUCCUGAAGUAGUGGAGCCUGAAGCACCCUCCAAGAUCAAGAGAUCGGGUAACACUACCUGGUAUGAGCAAGUGGACCUCACCUCUCUGAAGGUUUGGGACAAUGAACUGGUAGAAAUACAACCGGAAAUUUCGUUAUUCGGGUCUUUGAAAAUUAUAGACGUUCGUAUCUCUCUUGUGUUGACUGAGCUUCUCUGA